AUGCCCGGAACCACCAAACGCGUCCACUUCGACGUCCCCCCGACGCCGCCCCCGAAGCACUUCGAGGUGCCCCCAACGCCGUCGCCCGUCCACUCCGACGCGUCGUUGCCAUCGUCGGUCGGGAUCGUCACACCACCGCAGUUCGCGUACGCGCAACUCUCUCCCAAGUUCCCCAGCCAGUAUGUGCCCAGCCCGCCGUCGCCCUUCGGCUCGCUGCCCUAUGUCGCCGGGCACGUCAUGAUACACCCCGUCCUCGCCGCGCCCCACACCGCGCUCGCAUGGGACCUCCUCCUCGCACCGUCGACAGCAAGCAUCCCGGGCGCGUACACGACCCCUUCGCCGCUAAACCCCGCGCUGCUGGCAGAGCCCGCGACACACCCCGGGCUCCCGUCGCUCACGAUCAUCUGCGACCUACUCCCAUGGUCGAUCACCAUCACGCCGACACGGUCACACGUCGUCUCCGUCGGCGACGUGCUGCACGCGCUGUACCGAAUGCUCCGGAUCGCGGUCUCGCAGACGGAGCUGGGCGUGCUCCCGCCGGAUACGCUGACGCGCGUGCACGGCGCGUUCCAUACGCGACACAAGAUGCUCCCCGACGCGCGCUCACGAGCGGAGGAGAAGCAGAAGGGCGUAAAACGCGUCGACUUUCUCAUGGACCUCCGCCGCUUCGCAGGGCUGUCCAUCGUGAUGAGCGGCGCGGCGCUCAACGGCAAGGGCCUCGGCGAGGUGUGGGCGCUGCAGCUCGCCAUGGCAUGA